AUGUUGGGAAUUUUGAAAUUCUGGAAUGUUCUGGGUGAAAAAGAUGGGGAAGAAGAUGAAGAGGAAAGUGAUGAUGAGGAUCUGGCUGAAGGAGAUGAGGAUGAAUCUGACCUGGAUUUGGCAUGGAAAAUGCUAGAUGUUGCGAGAGCAAUUGUCGAGAAACACUCCGGUGACACCAUGGAGAAAGUAGAUAUAUUGUCAGCUUUGGCGGAGGUUGCUUUGGAAAGAGAGGAUGUUGAAACCUCCCUCAGUGAUUACCUGAAAGCUCUAUCCAUUUUGGAGCGCUUGGUUGAGCCAGACAGCAGACAGAUAGCUGAACUAAAUUUCAGGGUAUGUUUGUGCUUGGAAAUUGGUUCGAAAGCUCAGGAUGCAAUUCCUUAUUGUCAAAGGGCUAUUGCAGUUUGCAAGUCUCGGGUGCAGCGGCUCAUGAAUGAAGUAAAAAAUGUGUCAGGAUCAACAGCAACAUCAGCUGUUUCUGAGUCGGACCCAAUUGUGCAGCACUCUUCUAGUGUGCUCCAAUCUGGAGAUUCUGUUGCAGAUAAAGAAGCUGAGAUUCAAACACUCACUGGCCUCUCUGGUGAUCUGGAAAAGAAGCUUGAAGAUCUCGAACAGCUUGUCUCAAACCCAACAUCAAUCCUCUCAGAUAUCCUUGGAAUGAUGUCUGCUAAGGUAAGAGGCGCUGAGAAGAGUGCUGCUUCGUCAGUAAUGAGCUCUUCGCAGAUGGCUACAGCUAGCAGCAGUGGAGGUUUUGAAUCUCCAACUGUUUCAACUGCUCACACAAUUGGGGCUGCUGCUGGAGUAGUAACACAUCUUGGGGUGGUGGGUAGAGGAGUCAAGCGAGUGUUGAUGAACUCGGGCACAGCAGAAUCCAGCGCAAAUAAAAAGCCUGCAUUGGAUUCACCACCAAACAAAGGAAAUGGCAAUUCCUCUUGA